AUGACGUAUUUAGGUGUACUUCAAGCUUCUCGACCAAGGAUAGCAAGAAGAGGAUCCAAGGACAUCGAUGCGAUGCCGAUCAAAUUCUACCAUCGGGAUUACGCGAAUACGGAGCAGGAGGACGAACCAGCGCCGAUCGGUAGCUCGUACAAGACAGCUGAUAAGGCGACGUUGAGCUACUUGACGAACCACGAUCCGAAUCUACCGUACUCCAUCAAUACGGUCCAUCUGCAGAAUCCUUACAAGCCGCCGCUGCGAUUGGAAGGAUACGCGACGCGGGAGAAUUUCAAAGUCCGACCGGCCUCGUUCAAGAUCAUGUAUCGAUCGAGGGACUCGACGCUGAGAUCGCGAAACAGGAAGAACGCGAUAUCGAAACGGGACGUUGCAAUGGCGCAGCAGAAUUUCGAGCAGGAAGACGACAAGACCAUAAGGAAAAACGAGAGGCUUCAGCAGUGCCUGAAAAAUGGCAACAUCAAGAACGUCCUGAAACAGUACUGCACCAACACCAGCCUCCACGGGCUACGUUACGUCGGCGACACGAAUAUGACGAUCGUCGAAAGAGUUUUCUGGAUAAUAUCGUUCACUCUCGCGGUUCUGACCGCCGGGUAUUACAUAUGGUUCCUGUACCGGAAGUGGGUCUCCACACCGAUCAUCAUCUCGCUGAGCCCCGAAUCGGUGUCUUUGAACGAGGUACCGUUUCCCUCUGUCACCAUUUGCAACAUGAACAACGUGAAGAGGAGCGAGGCGGUGCGCAUAAACGCUGGAAAAGACGGCCGGAAGAAGCUAUUGUUGGAGGACAGAUGCAAUUUCGAGACGAACUUCACCGCGUACGAUCUCGAUGAGAGCGAAAUAACUUGGAACAGCAUGCUGCAUUUUAUGAUCAACGUAUCGCAAUCGUGCACAGAGAUGUUGCAUCUGUGCAAAUGGCACGGGAACGCAACCGACUGCGAGAAGAUAUUCAACCCUACGAUGACUGACGAGGGGAUAUGCUGUAACUUUAAUUCGGUCCAUAAAAAGUACCUGUUCUACAAUCCACUGGAUUGGUCCGACCUGAACAUCACGUUCCCGUUCAAUAGCAUCGACUGGAACCCCGAGACCGGUUACGACGAAAAUGUACUCGCGGAUUCCAUACCCUGGAGACCGUACGGUGCUGGACAGUUCUAUGGUCUGACGUUGGUCCUCGACACAGACAUUUCCGAAUAUUAUUGCUCGUCCAGCGCUAGCGUGGGUUUCAAGAUGCUGCUUCACAAUCCGGUCGAGACCCCGAAGAUCGCCGAAUUUGCGUUUACCGUGACCCCCGGCGAGGAGACCAGGAUAAUCGUGACGCCCCGUAUAUCGACCGCCAGCAAGUCGAUAAUCUCGGUUCCCCAGAGAAAGAGGAAGUGCUUCUUUACGUCUGAGCGAAAACUUCGUUACUAUAGAACCUACACGCAAAAGAACUGUGUGCUAGAGUGCGAGGCAAAUUUCACUCAAAAGAUCUGUAACUGCGUCCAAUAUUACAUGCCCAAGUCGUCGAACACACCGAUCUGUGAAAAGAAGGACGAUUUAUGCGCAACGAACGCACGUCGGGCAAUGGAGAUGAAACUUUACGACGAUGAGAGCGGCAUAACCUCUAUAAACGUCUCUGAAACACCGAGCUGUAACUGCUAUCCCGGUUGCUACGAGAUCAAUUAUAACGCUGAGGUAUCGCAGAGCAAACUGGUACCCACGUUCUCUAUUGCGAAUGACUUCGUGAAGAAGGACCGGAAUUAUUUCUCCGAAAAUAUGGCAGUGGUUCAUUUAUUCUUCGUCGAGUCUCAGUUCACUAAGUACGUGAAGAAUGAGCUCUUCGGAUUCACGGAAUUUCUCUCAAGCACGGGUGGUUUGUUGGGACUCUUCAUGGGCUUCAGUUUCCUUUCAUUGGUGGAAAUCUUCUAUUUUCUAACACUGCGAGUAUGGUGUCGCAUAUAUAAAAAUAGGGACGCCCCUCGUAACGUUCUACAAGUGCACCCAUUGGACCCGAGUCAUAAUGUCGUUUAUCCGUUCGUACAGUGACAUAUUCUAACUUUCUUUCGAGAUAGAUGUUUGUUCUUAAACGACGAAAUACUUUCAAUAUA